CCAUGCGCACAUCCGUAGUCACAGUAGCCUGUAUACGGCGUGCAUGUGUGAGUGCGUUGCGCGCAUCGAUAUCAUUGAUACCGAUAUUGACGUAGACGAUCCACGAUUGACGUUUACCAGUCAGUCAAGCGGGGAAGUGCGCGGCAGGUGGCGAGGUAGGCGUCGGAGGUAGUGUCGUCCCCUUGGAUAACAAGAGUGAAUUCCGUUGGUACAUUUCAGUUUUCUUUCGAACGAAAAAUUGUGCAUCUACAUACAAAUCGUGAAUGAUGGACGCAUUUGGCGAUAAUUUUGUCAACAACGAGCCUGAGGUAGAUCCGGCGGCAGAGUUUCUGGCGAGGGAGCAAGAUCAGCUUGCUGGCUUGGAAGAUGAUAUAACACCAAUGGCUGUGACUCUGGCUGCAGCAGCGGCAGCAGGUCAUACCGAUGAUGAUGCAUCUGCAAAAUUUGGAAAUCUGAAAGUUGGUCCAGGUGGUGACGCUGAAGGUAGCUUUGAAAUUGUAGAUGCUAUUGAGCAACCUAUAGAAUCACAAGUGCCAGCAUCAGAGCCAGCAUCCAUCAUUCCACCAUUCAAGGAAGAGCCUGAAAAGAUCAGAAAGUGGAGGGAAGAACAGAAAGCCCGUCUUGAAGAGAAAGACGCGGAAGAGGAAAAAAAGAAGGAAGAAUGGAGAGAGGCUGCGAAGAAAGAGUUAGAAGAGUGGUAUAAACACCAUGCCGAGACUAUUGGUAAAACGAAAACCACCAACAGGGAAUCGGCCAAGAAUGCAGAGAAGCAAUUUGUCGCGGAGGCUGAUGAGGUCGAACCAGGUACUGAGUGGGAACGCAUCGCUAAAUUAUGCGAGUUCAAUCCCAAGUCGUCUCGCACUUCCAAAGACGUCUCCCGGAUGCGUUCGAUUAUCUUGCAGUUAAAACAGACACCGCCAACUCCCAUUAACGCUUGAUUAAAUUGAAGGAUUUAUCUUCGCGUAAUUAGACAUCGGGGAUAUGAAUUAUGGUAAAUAAUUGAGGAAAAAAGAACAAAAGCAAAUAAUAACACGUUGCGACUAUGUCGGCGAUAUUAAUGAAAAGAAUUCAUAAAUGUUCUGUUAUAUAUAAAGUAUGUAAUAUUAUUGUGAAUAAAGGUUAUUGAUUAA